UCCCAAAUAUUUAAGACCCAUAGAAGGGUGGAAAUAUCACAAAGCAGGAUGUUCCUGUCUUUUUCCCAGAAUCCCUUUACAGACGCAUGGAAGAUGCUCAGUAUGAGGUCAAAGUCAGAUUCCUGAAUGAGACUAUUCAUGAAAUCUUCAAACUGUUUGAUGAGAAUAUGGACGCUGUCACCUGGGAAGAGAAGAAGCUGGAUGAUUUUCUCAUCCUUCUCCAUCGUCAGUUUCAAAACCUCAAGUCUUGUGUGUCACCUGCCACAAAGUUUAAGAGACUGAAACGCUUCUUCAAGAAGUUGAAUAAGAAGGUUCUAGUAGAAAUGAACUACAGUGCACAAGCAUGGGAGCUCAUCAGGAAAGAGACAAAAUAUAUUCUAGAAAAAUUGGACCUCCUUGUGGCAACGAUGCACUGAUCAUCUGGACUCAUUGUAGAAGGCUUUAUACGU